AAAUGGAAUGUUUAUGACCAAGAUUUGAGUCCAGUCAGUUCCAAUCAAAAACCUAUGAUCUUUUUUUUCUUACUUUUGGGGUGUCAUUACCUUUCAUGCUCCACAUUCAACAGUGACCACCCACUUAAUGUACCAUCUUCUUCAUUCACUGCCAACUCCACUUUCUCUCAGUGCAUGCAUGUAAUAUAGUAUUCAGUUUUUGGAGUCCACAAAGCUAGAUAUAGCCACCUCUUCAAAGUUCAAAACUUCCCUUUUUGGUUCUAGUUUGCAUCUUAUUCAUUUUCCCUGCAUUUCUUUGCUUCAAACUAUUCUUCUUUUUUUGUCUAAAUUUUCCUUCUUUGUCUUUUUUUCUGACUCAAAGUUUGAACUUUUCCUAUGGGGGUACCUUGAAUUGUGUAGAACAUCAGUUUUUUAUGUGAAAUUUUAUUCUAGUUCAAGUAUGGGCUGGUGUUCUUAUUUUUACAUGGAUUUCAGUUUCUAGGAUUUUUUUCUGCACAAAUCACUAAUGGCAACAUUUGAAGCAAGGAGUGAUCUCAAUUGAGUACAUUUUUAUGAACAGAACCUAUGAUUGUGGUUAGCUUUAGUAGGGCUGAAUGGGGUUUAUUUAACAGCUGUUAUAGGUAGAAUUUAGUUGGUUUGAGUUUUGGAGAUUUAGAGCAUCCAUAUUAGAAUAACAAAAUAAGUAAAGAAUAUGAUUGUGAGGAAAAACAAGCCAAGUGCAAGGUCACUACUUAUGCUUUUUGUUAUGGUUCUUGCUUUUCUCUUUGUCACUUAUAAUUUGGUGUUUAUAAUCAAACACCAUAUGGGUGGAACUUGGGUAGCAGAAGAGUUGAGGUUUCUUGAUCCUGUGAUCAGCAUGCCUGGAAAGGUGAUGGCAUUAGCAAAUUCCAAUUCAAAAUUUCAUGUUGCAGUGACCGCAACCGAUGCGGCUUACAGCCAAUGGCAAUGCCGGAUUAUGUACUAUUGGUAUAAGAAGGUUAAAGAUAUGCCUGGAUCAGACAUGGGAAAGUUCACCAGAAUAGUGCACUCAGGAAGGCAAGAUCAGUUGAUGGAUGAGAUUCCUACUUUUGUGGUUGAUCCACUUCCUGAAGGCUUGGAUAGGGGUUAUGUUGUCAUGAAUAGACCAUGGGCUUUUGUUCAGUGGCUGGAGAAAGCAGACAUUGAGGAAGAAUAUAUUUUGAUGGCAGAACCUGACCACAUAUUUGUAAAUCCUUUGCCAAAUUUGACUAAUGGAAACCAACCAGCAGGGUAUCCAUUUUUCUAUAUAAAACCAGUUAAACAUGAAAAAAUACUUAGGAAAUUCUACCCUAAGGCGAAUGGUCCUAUUACUGCUAUUGAUCCCAUUGGCAAUUCUCCUGUAAUCAUUCAGAAGUCCUUGCUAGAGGAAAUAGCUCCCACAUGGGUGAAUAUUUCCUUGCAAAUGAAAGAUGAUCCGGCAACUGACGAAACUUUUGGAUGGGUACUUGAAAUGUAUGCGUACGCUGUGGCAUCAGCUUUGCACGGUGUACGGCAUAUUCUUCAUGAUAACUUCAUGCUCCAGCCACCUUGGGACUUUGAUGUUGAGAACAAUUUUAUAAUCCAUUAUACUUAUGCAUGUGACUACAAUUUAAAGGGGGAACUAACAUAUGGGAAGAUUGGAGAAUGGCGUUUUAACAAGAGAUUUUAUCUAUCAGGUCCUCCACCCAAAAACCUUUCCUUACCCCCUCCUGGAGUUCCUGAAAGUGUGGUGCAGCUUGUAAAGAUGAUCAAUGAGGCUACUGCUAACAUACCUAAAUGGGAUUCAUUAAAUAGAAGCUAAGGAAAAGAAAAUAAAGUGCAAGGUCUAAGGCCCCUCAUGCUAGUGGCUACUAGAUGAGAAACAACAAUUCUGAUUACAUGAAAAUAGACCAGUUUAACCCAGAGAAGAACUAUGAUGAACACAGAAAUAUGUUUUUGUGCUAGCUCUGAAAAUAGUUUUUUUUUUAGCAAGUAAAUUGUUGGUAUUGAAACAUAUAAAAACAAUGACAGUUGAUCAGACAACAUUUUCCAAAAGAUUUUUGUCAGAGGGAAAUCAAUGGAAACAUCUUGUCAGAUUGUUAUGUCUACAGUUCAACGUAUCAAAUAUCCAGUGAAAAGGGAAAAUGAAAGUAACCACCCAAAGUUUUGAAUUGA